AUGUCGGGAGUCACGUACCAGGUGAAACUCGUGAACGCGGGUGAAGAGAAGACGAUUGACUGUGCUGUUAAAGACACGUUCAUUUCGGACGCAGCUGAGGAACCAGGAGUGGCCCUCCCCUACUCCUGCAAGGCGGGCGCAUGUUCCACCUGUGUCGCUAAGAUCGUGUCUGGCACCGUGGAUCAGAGUGACCAGACCUACCUGGAUGCGGACCAAAUCGGACCAGGGUUCGUCCUGACCUGUGUGGCCUACCCAUGAAGUGACCUGGUCAUCACUACCCACGAAGAGGAGAACUUCUACUAAACCCCAGCUGUUUGAAAUGUUAUUACAGUAUACGUAUACUCAACUAUGCUACCUCUACGCUACUGAAAAUAGCCUGCUGGGAGCUGCUAGGUUCUAGGGCUGUAACUGGCCCGGUGAUGUUGGGCGGGCCGCUAUAUGCUUGAUUUAAUCAGGUUAUACAGGGUGCUAUCUUAUGCUAC